CGCGUCGUUCGUCAUUGCUGGACCGAGCGUUUCCAUGGUCCGGAGAGCAAUCCACCUCCACAAAACCCACUCACUCUUCCUGCUUCACUCUUUCUAUACAUUACAACUACCACUAGCUCGACCUGCCAGCUGGCCACCUUGUAACUCUUCCCAGUGCAUCCAAGAACCCGUUCUCCACCCGAAAGUCCAUCCUUCCUCGAGCUCAAUCAUCCUCCUCGAGCUCCGCGAGAGCUGCCUUGCAUCCCCACAUCGACUCCGUCAUCUACCAUGGUGCUGCGCAAACCCCUCCCCGCCGACAGUCUUGUCCCCGCCCCUCUAUCACAAGCCAUCAAUCGCCCUCCUUAUCCCACGACUCCAUCAGACGAGCAUCCGCCUUCCUUUCCUUUCUCCUCGCCCAGCAGCCAGCCUGUUCACUCCCAAGAGCCUUCCGAGCCCCCCGCAUCCAAUCCUCAAACCGCUGCACAAGCCCAGAACCCAAAAAAAGAAGAUGACGACGAUGCAUCUGAUUAUAGUGACAAUGAGUGGGAUCAGUCAGACGAAGAAACACCAGAUUUGCCCGAUACCUUGAAAAUUGGUGGUGGGAAACCAGUCCCGAUUCCCGGAAGCAGCAAAGAUACUGCUUUACCCGACAUCCUACGCCCUGGCCCGCCUCCAGGAGUAGCCCCCAAAAGAUCAAAUGAAUACAUCACCCCCGAUGCUACAGGCGCUACCUCGUCGUCCUAUGGCGCCGUCAGCAACAUUUCGGCCGGCUCAGUACCAUUGCAGACCAACAACCCAUAUCUGAAGAUGCAACAUACUGGCCAGUCUGCUUUUGGGGGUGAGGAUAGCCAGCAAGUCUGGGGAGAUAGUCCAGCGCAGGCGCCGACGUAUACUGGCCCUGCCGAAUUGCCCUCAAAUCAGACGCCUACCGCUCCUACAAAGUCUAUGCAGGAUCUCAGCCUCAACGACCACCCUCUCCCUACCCAGAACUCCGACUAUCCUCCCCACCCCCCAAUCAUUGCCGUAGAAUCAGCAACAGCACCCCCGUCGGCCUCAGUGCAUAGUGCGAGCUCUCCGAACAACCACGAGCCCGGCAUGGACGCCUCGUCCUUGGACGCUUUUGCCAAGAGCUAUGGUGGUACGGAAAGUACACAUGACCAGAAUAACUGGAACAAUCAACAUGCACAGCCAUACCACAAUGAGAUUUCGCGAUCGCAUCAGGUACAGAGCAAUCCUGUGAAUGAGCCUGCGUUUCAACAACCCAAUGGAAACCCAUCUAUAUUCGAUACCCCGGUCAUUCCACAAUCUCCAGAGCAGCCUGCUUCUACUCUACCAGCAAGCACUCAGGAGACACAAGCUUCUGCCAUCCCUCCAAGACCUUCGCACGACGGUGGGGUGAUAAGUGCGGGAGGUGCAGGGCCAGAGUCACCAAACAGCACAAUGGAUCGACAACGCAAGGAAACAUAUCAAAUCAAACAAAUCCGUUGGCAUGACGUCAAAAAAUCAGGAAUUAGGACAUCUCCCAUCUUGACGCAGAAUCUCAAUGGACCAUGUCCACUCUUGGCUCUCGUGAAUGCUCUCGUACUUUCAACUCCUGCUCACACCGAAACUGCGUUGGUAGAGACCCUCCGGACACGGGAACAAGUCACUCUUGGUCUACUUCUCGAUGCCGUUUUCGAUGAACUGAUGUCAGGACGAAGAGGAGGUGCUGCUCAAGAGCUACCAGACGUCAGCGAGUUGUACAAUUUCCUCCUUCGGCUUCAUACUGGAUUGAAUGUGAAUCCAAUGUUUGUCAAAGAUGCAGACACUACGGACGGCACAUCGACGUUAGUACCCGGUCUCGCUCAGAAUGCCGGUGGAUUUGAGAACACCCGGGAAAUGAAGCUCUACAGAACAUUCAAUAUUCCAUUGAUGCAUGGCUGGCUUCCAGACCCAGGUUCUGAUGCGUAUCUCGCGUUCGAACGCAUUGCGAAGUCCUACGAUACCUCUCAAUAUGUGCAAUUUCAAGAGGAAGAACUGGACGCUAAGUUACAAACUGGCGAUGCGUUGUCCCCAGACGAACAACAAAUGUUCACUGAUAUUCACGCUAUCAAGGAAUUCCUCAGUCUCUGGCCCACACAGUUGACAAAUCAUGGCCUUAGGACUAUGAGGGAUAAUCUAGCAUCUGGGCAAGUGGCAAUUCUCUUCCGAAAUGAUCACUUCACAACCCUUUACAAAGACCCAAGAACGGAGAAGUUGGUCACCUUGGUCACCGAUCAAGGUUACUCUAGCCAUGAAGAGAUCGUCUGGGAGUCCCUAGUCGAUGUCAAUGGACAAGGAAGCGAAUUAUUUUCUGGCGAUUUCCGCCCUGUCGGCGGUGAUAGCUCUGUCAACAGCCAGCCCACUCAAUCUCGAGACCAACCACCUGUACAGAGUCUACUCGACGCUGACGACAAUGAAGGAUGGACAACUGUGCAUCAUAAUGGCAAUCAGCAGCGCCCCUCCGCAGGUCUGAGUCCGUUGGCCAAUCAGCCUCCAGCAUCACCUUCAUCGGGUCUGAGCAGGACCGAACAAGAGGAUCACGACUUGGCAUUGGCACUCCAAUUGCAAGAAGAAGAGGAAGACCAGCAUCGAAGAGCGCAAGAAGAGCGUCGACGCCAGGAAAACAGAUUAUCUGAAAACGCCAUCUCCACGCAAUCCCAAGCACGGCCCGGUAACCGACGCACAUCUCGCUCCGGAGAGACACCGCCAGUCAUCCCGCCACGCCGCAACGCGCCCGUACAUAGACCUGGCAAUGAGCCAGCACCCCCACCUACGUACGAAGAAGCCUCUACAGCACCUCAGUACCAUCCUCCUGCAGGCCACCCAGCAAGCCAAAAUGCGCCCCUCCGACCACAAGGGAACACGUAUCAAAACAGUCCUCAACAGGCACCUCCGAACCAGAUGCCGCAUGGUCGACCGCACGGGCCUCCAGGACGUCAUGGUAGGCAUAGUGGCGGGCCUGUGGGCUCUCACGAGGAUCGGGACAAGUGUAUUGUCAUGUAG